AUCAUCACGGGUGUUUUUAAAUUUGAGGAUGAAAAAACUUCUGUUGUAGCACCUGCUAUACUUUACAAGGCACUUGUUAUUGAUGUUGACACUCUUACUCCAAAGGUUAUUGAUGAUAUCAAAAGUAUUGAAAUUGUUGAAGGAGAUGGCGGUGCUGGAACCAUCAAAAAGGUCACUUUCGUUGAAGAUGGUGAAACCAAGCAUGUGUUGCACAAAGUGGAGUUAGUAGAUAUUACUAACUGGGCUUACAACUACAGCAUAGUUGGUGGUGUUGGACUUCCAGACACAGUUGAGAAGAUCUCUUUUGAGGCCAAAUUAUCUGAAGGACCAAAUGGAGGAUCUGUUGGAAAGCUGAGUGUGACAUACUUCACAAAAGGUGAUGCUGCUCCUAGUGAAGAGGAACUCAAGAAGGACAAGGCUAAGGGUGAUGGUCUUUUCAAGGCUCUUGAGGGUUACGUUUUGGCUAAUCCUGAUUACAACUAAAUUAUAUAAUCAUCAAAUGAAAUGUUUGUUUGUUUUCUAUAUGGUGUGUUGUGAAACAUUAUACUAUAUAUUCAGUGUGUUUAAUUUGGCUCCCUAUGUAAUUUUCUCCAAUAAAUUAUAAUAAUAUUUCAUCUA